ACGAAGUGCUGCUGAAAGCAAUCGUGAAAGUAGCCCUGGGCUGCAGCAGACACUUUGCUCACCACGCUGCUGUCAUUGGUCCCUUGCACCUAAGAAGACCAACAAGAACUUGAAAGCAUCACGAGCCUGCAUUCAAGUGUGUACAUGCAGCGCGCAUGCGCGAUUUCCCCAACAGGAAGCGUUUGGCUUCAGCCAGCUGAUGUUGCUACAUUGAAGUCAACGGUCACGGGAAGCGACACUAUUUACGAGCACACGGGAUAUAACCAGCGAGGCUUCACCGUACAGGUUGGAGGCUGAGCGACGGUGACCUUCCCCCGACGGCACCCUGACACGGGUCGCUAUGAGCUCCCGAGGGAGUGGCGGCCGCUCCAAUGGCGCGCUGCAGCAAACCAAGAUCUGCCAGUUCAAGUUGGUGCUGCUGGGUGACAUGGCAGUAGGCAAGUCCAGUCUGGUGCUACGUUUCGUCAAGGGACAGUUUGACGAGUUUCAGGAGACCACCAUAGGAGCUGCCUUCCUGGCUCAGUCAGUGUGUUUAGAUGACACCACUGUCAAGUUUGAGAUCUGGGACACAGCAGGACAGGAGCGUUACCACAGCCUGGCACCCAUGUACUACCGAGGCGCUCAGGCUGCCAUCGUAGUUUUUGACAUCACCAAGCCGGAAACCUUUGAGAGGGCCAAGGCCUGGGUGAAGGAGCUGCAGAGGCAGGCCAGUCCCAACAUUGUCAUUGCUUUGGCGGGCAACAAGGCAGACUUGGCUGAGAAGAGACUAGUAGAGUAUGAGGAAGCGCAGACGUACGCCGAUGACACGAGCCUGCUCUUCAUGGAAACGUCGGCCAAGACGGCCAUGAACGUCAACGAGCUUUUCCUGGCCAUCGCCAAAAAGAUGCCAAAAACAGACACCCAAAACCCAACACACGCAGCGCGACAUCGAGGGGUCAACCUUCAGGACCCUGACGCCCACUCCACCAGAGCUUGCUGCGGCGGGAACUAGACCACGAUACCCCCCCACCCCCAUCAUGUACUACCAUGUGAACUCAUCACCACAAUCCCACUCCAAAAGUAUCCCUUCUUCCUCAGCUAACCAUGUUGAACAAUCAUCCUCAUCAGUGAAUGAAGCCCGCCGAGAAAAAGGGAAAGAAACUACAAAAAUGGAGGACACAAAUUGUGUAUAUUCUGCCUUGCAUCAUUUCAGCUUGACUCCUGCUUGAUAACCUACACUUGUACAAAACCAACAAGCAAAGAACGAAGCAAUAUGAUGUGGUAAAAUAAAAGAGGCUAAAUGUGCUUGACACGCUUCGUCUGUCUGGUCAUCUGGGUCCGAAAACUAACCAGCACAGUUUAUGUGUUUUAUGUUUUUGUAUUCAUAUAAGACCCCAUACAUGUCCGACAGUACAAAGCAAAAUAUAUGCCAUUGCUCUCACACCAUAGCGACAAUAAAGGCAUGAGCCACAAUGCGUUUGCUGACAUUACCUUUUUUUUUUGUGCUAAUAUUGUGUGCAUAGCAGAAAGUACAGAGUACUGAUACCUGCCGCAAGGCAUUUUCAAUUUUGUCAAUGGAGGACGGAAUGAAGAGUGCAAUUAAUUUAUUGUUGAAUGUGUUGGAGAAGGUGUACGUAUGUGUGAGCUUAUGUUGAAAGUGUGUGAGUGCGGAGGGGUGAAGUGUUGACAUUGAUGAGAAUUCCUAAAAUUGUGGCUUCUCAUCUUUUUUGAUUGAACAAUUUACAAAUGGAUGGAUGGAAAUUCAGAUUGAUAAAGUGUUUCUAGAGAUAUGAAAUGUUGAACACCUAAUUUGUUUAAUUUGGAUGUUAACAUUUACCCAACAUUGUGUUUUCACUGCUUUAUCUUGAGUGUUUGGAAUACAUUCAAAUAAAUAAAAAGGUAUGAGUACGUCAA